AUGUAUGAAGAACUCAUCGAAAAACUGCCUCAAGGUUUCUUAGUGGGAACAGAAACAGGAUCAACAGUUAGUUCUCGCGGUGUUUACAAAUUACCAGUGAUCAAAACAGUUUUCGCAAACUACCCUGAUCACCAAUUGAGUGGAUACGACAUGGAAGUGACGUCAUGGUCUAAUGUUCCUGAAGAUGACUUUGUGAAUGUUGAUGACAAUGACUGGUGCAUAGGACAAUUUGUUUGGACAGGUGUUGAUUAUCUUGGAGAGCCAACACCUUAUGAUACAGAAGGCUGGCCAUCGCAUUCUUCUUAUUUCGGAUGCAUUGAUUUGGCUUUUAUUCCGAAAGAUAGAUAUUAUAUCUUUAGAACUGAAUGGAAUAAGAAAGAACAUACAUUACAUAUGUUGCCGCAUUGGAAUUGGGAAGGAAGAGAAGGCGAUGUUGUCCCUGUAAUGGUUUAUUCUGAUUAUCCAUAUGUUGAAUUGUUUAUUAAUGAUGUUUCUUGGGGUAAACUCUGCAGAUCGAAUACUUCAAGACAAACAAGAUAUAGAUACAGUUGGAUGAACGCUGUUUCUCGACCAGGAAAGAUUAAAGCUGUUGCUUAUGAUGAAAACAACAACAAGGUUGGUGAAGUGCAGAUAAAUACUGCUGGAAAACCACAUCAUAUCGUUAUGGAAACGAAACACACGAAAUUAGUCGCUGAUGGAAAAGAUUUGGCUUAUAUCACUGUCAGUGUCGUUGAUGCCGACGGGAACUUGUGUCCAAAUGAUAACAGAGAAGUAUCAUUCGUAGUGAAAGGAAAAGGACACUUCAGAGCUGUUGCAAACGGAGAUGCUGCUUGUUUGGAACCAUUCCAGAGACCGAGAAUGCAUCUCUUUGCUGGAAAACUCACUUGUAUCGUUGAAUCUGAAGAAGAACCAGGCCAAAUAGUUGUAGUGGCAACAGCAAAAGGUGUCCAGAAAGGAACUAUCACUAUUACUUCUGUUUAA